AUUCUUAUUUCGUAGUCAGUUGGGACAUCUGUUAGGACUUAAGCACAAGGAGAGUUUCAACCAAGAAGUAUAGCCUAUUAGGUGGGUGAUCCUCAAGGCUUAAGUACUACAUCAUGUAGUUUAUUCUACUCAAUGUGAGACUUGUAUUAUUGUCAUCCCCUUUAAGGGCCGAUGUCCCUGAUAGCUUUCACCCUAUUGACAAUGACCCAAUGGUUACUAGUUUCUCUUUGUUGGCUUCAAUCACGUAUCUGAGUUUGGUUUGUGCCCUAAUCUAGCUUAGACAGUUCUUUCCAUAGCUCAACUCUGAAUGAACGUACCAACUUUUAGAAUUUAAGCAUAGAAGAAACUUAACCCAAAAGACUAAUCCAUUAGAUGAGAACCUCAAGAUUUAAGUACCACAUGAAGUAGUUUGUUCUAGUUGCUGUGAGAAUUCUACCAACCUUCCAUAAGAAGAAGAUUUAGCAGUGAUUGUACAACAUUUAGCUUAGAGUCUUUCUCAUUAUUAUAAAUAAAGUUGGAGGAUCAUCUUAGUGUAUAUUUCAGCUUAUCCAUAGUUUAAGUGGCCAUUUACACAAUAAAACAUAUCCAGUUUAAGAUUCCCUGAUACUGUUAUUUUGAGACUUAGGUGAACAUAAACCCUAUACUUGGUGUUGAGCUUAUAGGGGCUUCAACAUCUUCGGUAGGUCACUUCUUUGUAUUGAUGUUUUAUAACCAACUUUAACUUAUUUUUCCCUUCAAAUAUCAAUUGACCUGAGGUGAGUGUAUAGUGCUGUAGUUUCAACUUCAAAUAUGCAAAUAGUUUCAACUUCUUGGGUAGAAAAUGUGGCUGUACUGCUUUAGUUCGAAAAAAGUCUUGUAAGGUUUAACUAGUAACAACGUGUUUGGAUAUGCAAUUGAAGAUAAAAUUUCACGUUCCAGUGCACCAAAACAGAAGCAACAUUGCUGUUGCUUUAACCAAAAAGCUGGUUAUGUUUAGUGUAAAUUCGUUCCAAACAUGCACUAACAAUUGUCUAUGGGGGACUAUAACGGUUGCUAGUGUAUGGUUCUGUGAUGGUGUAGUGCCUCUUGUGUAGUGCUAUAUUCUUAGCUUUACCACUAUAAAAACUGUAUGUUGUGUCUUUCUGAACAGGAUUUAUUGUUCUUUGUAAUGUUUUUUGUAGGAGUUUGUGAUCUGAGCAUAAAGAUGGAGCUGAGUAGCAUCAAAGAUGCAUUUGAUCGUGUAGCCAAAAAGCAAAAAUUAUCCUCUUCCAAGUCUCAGGAAGUUGUUGACCAGGUGGGGCGUGAAAUUGAGCAGGCAUUGGCAGCAAUUCAGUCAUCCCGUGACCUCUCUUCUCCUGCUGACCAGAAAUCCGUUCUCACAGAACUUAAGUUCAAGAUUAAUGCUAUUGGACCACUUCAACAGUUGGAAGGUUCAAAUAAGGAAGUGAACGGAAGUAUUAUCAAGUAUCAAAGGCCCCUUGAAAAAUUGUUAAAUCCUGACAUAUCUAAGGCAUACAGAAAUGUGGACUUUGAUACUCGUAUUAUCAAUCAGAUCAUUGCAAACCACUUUUACCGUCAAGGUUUAUUUGAUCUUGGAGAUAGCCUCGUAAAUGAGGCUGGAGAGCCUGAUGCAACUGCACUUAGAUCUCAAUUUUUAGAAAUGCAUCAGAUUAUUGGAGCUAUGAGGGAGAAAAACCUUCAGCCUGCUCUGACAUGGGUCUCUGCUAAUCGAGAGAAACUUGAUCAUAUUGGUUCUAAUCUUGAGCUUAAGAUUCACAGACUGCAGUUUGUAGAGGUCCUGCAAAAUGGGACACGAGCUGAUGCCUUAAAAUACGCCCGAACUUAUCUUGCUCCUUUUGCUUCCCUCAACAAGGACGAGUUCCCAAAGCUCAUGGGUUGCCUCUUGUAUGCAGGAAGGCUAGAGAGCUCCCCUUAUUCUGAGUUGAUGUCCCCAAUUCAUUGGGAGAUGACAACUGAAGAGCUCGCACGGCAGUUUUGUACUCUCUUGGGGCAGUCCUAUGAGAACCCACUGAGUGUAGCAGUUGCUGCAGGAGUUGAGGGGUUGCCCACCUUGUUAAAGCUGGCAAAUGUAAUGGCAGCUAAGAAGCAAGAGUGGCAGGAAAUGAAACAGUUGCCGGUGCCUGUAGAAUUGGGUAAGGAAUUUCAGUUUCACUCCAUUUUUGUUUGCCCUGUGAGUAGGGACCAAGGAAGUGAAGAGAAUCCUCCAAUGCUGUUGCCAUGCUUACAUGUCCUUUGCAAGCAAUCAAUUAUGAAGUUAUCAAAAAACAGCACCCGAACAUUCAAGUGUCCAUAUUGUCCAGCCGAAGCGACAGUUACACACUGCAGACAACUGUAUUUCUGAUGAUGUUUGUGUUCCGUACAUUUCAUUUGUGCAAUACAUCAUUUACAGCUUUCUGGUUGUAUAUAAAUAUUCCAAAAUAUCUGUUACUUUUGAUAAGACCAACGAGUGAAUAAAAGUUGAAAGAACCUGUCUAUAUAGCCGGGAGCUCCGUCCA